AUGGCAAACACCACCCCUGUGCACUUCUUCGACAUUGAUUCAACACUUCCACGCGACUUGAAACCGUGGUCUGUAAACACAAUCAAGACUCGUAUGGUCCUGAACUACAAGCGCAUUCCUUAUACCCAAUCCUACGUCUCCUAUCCUGACAUCGCCCCUUUGCUCUCGAACUUAAACGUCCGACCUCAUGAGGAGGGCACGGCGUACACCCUCCCCGCCAUCUGCCACCCGUCGUCUAUAACCUCCAAUCCUCACGGGGCUCUGAUGGACUCAUUUGCCAUCGCAACGCAUCUGGACCAGGCCUUUCCAUCACCACCUCUAUUCCCAUCUCGCGAUGCCAGUUACGCUCUGGCACUCGCGGUGAAUAAGCUCGUCGCCAAUGUAACGUCGAAGUGUUCCACCCUCAUCAUUCCCCGAGUGGUCGAUUUUCUGGAUCCCAGAGCCCGAGAAUAUUUUAUUAAGACCCGGUCGGCGAGAUUCGGGAAGCCUCUUUCGGAAGUCCUUCCCAAGGAACCGGACCAAGUGCAGACGAUUAUCGAUGUUGCAACAGCGGAAAUAGCACCAUUGGCGCAGAUGCUACGAGGUAGGCUGGGAAAGAAUGGUCCUUUCCUUGAGGGUGAAAAACCUGGGUAUGCGGAUUUUCUGAUUGUGGCUUUCUUGGCUUGGUGCGAAAGAGCCGACAAGAUGCUCUGGGAGGCCUUAGUCAAUGUCGGAGAGGGAGAAAUUAAGGCGCUCUGGGACGUGUGUUUGCCGUGGGUGAAUGGCCAGGGCGAAGAUAGGAAUUGGGUACACUAA